AACUCCCAAGAAGCAUAUACUUGUGAAACACAGAUGGUGCUCCCCUAAUCCUCUGAUUAAGGGAGCAAUUUUGUUUCACCAACAAUGGCAUCUGUUUCGCAGUCAACUAACUUUCCCAUCAUCAUUAUCAUCUUCUUCUUUACAACAAUUCUCAUCCCAACCACAAACGCCGCUCCUUUCAUCGUCUUGCACGGCAUUAGUGAUAAAUGCAGUAACCGUGGCGUGACUCAAUUCACUGAGCUUCUAAGCAGCUGGUCUAAUUCUCAAGGAUACUGUGUGGAAAUUGGAGAUGGUUCAUGGGAUUCAUGGACUAUGCCCCUUCUGGAACAGACAUCAAUUGCGUGUCAAAAGGUGAAAAACACGACUGAACUUAGCCAAGGUUACAACAUAAUUGGACUCUCUCAGGGCAGCUUGAUUGGUCGAGGGAUUAUCGAAUUUUGUGAUGGACCCCCUGUCAAGAAUUUCAUAACAUUGGCAGGGCCUCAUGCUGGUAUUGCUUCAAUUCCAUUUUGUGGUUCUACUGCGAUAUGCAUGCUUCUGGCAAGCUUAAUCAAGUUGGAAAUUUACAGUAACUAUGUGCAGGAACACUUAGCGCCCGGUGGUUAUCUUAAAAUCCCAACAGACAUAACUGACUACCUCCAAGGAUGUAGAUUCCUCCCAAAACUAAACAACGAAAUCAAUGGCAUGAGAAAUUCUACUUACAAGGAACGGUUUGCCAGUUUACAGAAUCUGGUGCUUAUAAUGUUUGAGGAUGAUACAGUUUUGGUACCAAAGGAAACGUCCUGGUUUGGUUAUUAUCCUGAGGGCUUCGAUCCUAUAUUGCCUGCACAAGAGACCAAGCUUUACAAGGACGACUGGAUUGGUUUGAAAACAUUAGAUGAAGGUGGAAAAGUUAAAUUCGUAAAUGUUUCGGGAUCACAUCUGAAAAUCUCCAAGAGGGACAUGAAGAAGUACAUUGUGCCUUACUUGGGGGACCAAGCAUCUGCAGAAUCUUCAUCUUAUGGAUGGCUUUCCACACUCUGGUACUAUUUAACUGAACACGUAAUUGACCUGAAUGAAGAUCAACCUUUGCUGCUCAUCACGUAUUAAACCAAUUGCUAUUAUUUUCUUAUUAUAUUCUCAAACACCCUUGCAUUCUUUG